CUCGAACAGUCAGAGUGCAUCUUUCACUUAACUUUCACUUCGUUCAUCGCCAUGUCUCUCAAAUUUAUGUCUUCAAUUGAGGGUGUGUUAACGGACUCUGGAGCUUGAAGCUUUGAAGGCGCAGCACGCUGGAAAGAACAACACGUUUAUGUGAGAGCCGCCAUCUCUUAUCGUGUCAACGGCUAUUGUGCAAUCGCUUUUGUCCGAUACCUACUCACGAACGCUAUUCUUUCAGAGUUCAAAUGUUCGCACACUAAUCCAGGUCUUGUCUUUUGAUGAAAUAUGGCAGAUCGACUUGUGAGGUUUCAUUGGCGAUUGUCCACCGCUGAUGUUUUCCGAGUGGCGGUUACCAGCCACACUCAAGAGUCAAAGGUCAAUCUUUUUGUUCGAACUCCUCUCAAAACCACACGAACUUUUGAUCCUGGUCUGUAUAUAUACCGGCUGGCUGAUCUUAUAUCUACACGAUAACGAUCUCCCUCUUCGUGUCAGGUACACGUCUUCAUUCCUCUCUAUCUCUUCCUCCUGUACGAGCACCUCGGUUAUGCAUUCAAUCAAACGAGAAGUCGAUGAGUCGAAGGCUCAAUGGGUCCUAAUGGACAGACCUACGACUCCACUGUCUGAGGAAAAAGACGAGUUCGACCCAAUUUCGAUGCCUCGCAGAUUGCUCUUCCGAAUCAAUACCUGGUGCGAUGCCAGUGACACACCCGGUGUCCCAAUCGCGUCUUCUUCUCUGGUUGAGGAUGCUCUACUAUGCCCCAACGACUCCAUCGUGAUACCAUAUCCUUCUAUAGUUGUUUAUCUAAUGUGGCGACCUUAUGGUCCUAUGCUCUUCCCGGUUGAGAUUCAAACCGGCUCACCAAACAAGCGAAUAACUCGAUACAAAAUGAUGAAGCAUUUAUUCGUUGCGAUCCAGCGAUGGCACGAGCAUCUCGUUGAAUGCGACUAUCGUACGGUCACUGCUCACCACUUCAAGUUCUCGUACGAUAUAACGGGGGUGCAAGUGGAUGAGCUAAAACUCGAUAGACUGGUACAUUACCGCGGCCGACGUUAUGUUGCCCAACUUCAUUGUGAAAAGAUGAAGUCGAUGUCUUCGUCUAAACCCACUCCUCGCCAUUCAAUAACUACCCUUGAGGACAGUUGUUGAGAAUUCAUUUUCUCUACUACUUUAACACACCCUAAUACUAUAACAUACCAAUAUCCCCAUACUAAAAAUACAAAUCCAAUGAUCUAACAUGUUCCUCAUUCAUGGUUCUCCGUAUCCCAGCUGAGACUGUCGAACACCGGGUUGAACUUCCUCUUCGGAGGAUACACAUCGACCCUUGUACCGACGAUAUCUGAAAGCUCCGUUGGCUACACCCCAUAGUAUCCUGAUGUCAUCCUCACGGACGAUAGCGACCAUAAUACCCAUUUCCCGUCUGUGUUUACUUCUACAAGAAUAUCAACGGGCGCACUUUCACGAUUGAG